UGAGUUGAACACUAAGAGCUGACACCCUCUGUUCUCUGCACAGACACAUGAUUUGUAGAUCAGCGCUCAGACUAGUUUCAGCUUUGAGGAAGUGAAACUGUUUCAGUCUCAGUUAUCGAGAGGUGAAAUGGCGCAGAAAGGAGUUCAGCUGGAUCAGGAAACCUUUUCUUGCUCGAUCUGUUUGGAUCUUUUAAAGGAUCCGGUGGCUAUUCCCUGUGGACACAGUUACUGUAUGAACUGUAUUACAAACUUUUGGGAUGAAGGAGAGAAGAAAAUCCCCAGCUGUCCUCAGUGUAGACAAACGUUCACUCCGAGGCCUGUGCUGGGGAAAAACACCAUGUUAGCAGCUUUAGUGGAGCAGAUGAAGAAGACUGGACUCCAAGCUGCUCCUGCUGAUCACUGCUAUGCUGGACCUGACAAUGUGGCCUGUGAUGUCUGCUCUGGAAGAAAACUGAAAGCUGUCAAGUCCUGUUUAGUCUGUCUGGCCUCUUACUGCGAUAAACACCUUCAACGUCAUUAUGAUGUGUCUGCAUUAAAGAAACACAAGCUGGUGGAUCCCUCGAAGAACCUGCAGGACAACAUCUGCCCCCGUCAUGAUGAGGUGAUGAAGAUGUUCUGUCGUACUGAUCAGAAGUGUAUCUGUUAUCUCUGCUCUGUGGAUGAACAUAAAGGCCACGACACAGUCUCGGCUGCAGCAGAAAGGACUGAGAGGCAGAGAGAGGUGGAGGUGAGUCGACAACAAAUCCAGCAGGAGAUCCAGGACAGAGAGAAAAAUGUGAAGCUGCUUCAGCAGGAGGUGGAGGCCAUCAAUCAUUCUGCUGAUAAAACAGUGGAGGACAGUGAGGAGAUCUUCACUGAGCUGAUCUCUCUCCUCCAGAAGAGAAGCGCUGAUGUGAAGCAGCAGAUCAGAUCCCAGCAGGAAACUGAAGUGAGUCGAGUCAGAGAGCUGGAGGAGAAGCUGCAGCAGGAGAUCACUGACCUGACGAGGAGAGACGCUGAGAUGAAGCAGCUCACAGACAUCGAGGACCACAACCAGUUUCUUCACAACUACCCCUCACUGUCACCACUCAGUGAGUCCACACACUCCUCCAGCAUCAGCAGCCGUCCUCUCAGAUACUUUGAGGAUGUGACAGCAUUUGUGUCAGAGGUCAGAGGUCAACUACAGGACAUCCUGAGAGACAUGGGGACAAACGUCUCACUGACCAUCACUGAUGUGGAUGUUUUACUGUCAGAACCAGAACCAAAGAGCAGAGCUGGAUUCUUGAAAUAUUCAUGUGAAAUCACUCUGCAUCAAAACACAGUAAACACACAGCUGUUACUGUCAGAGGAGAACAGAAAGGUGACUUUAAUGAACCAACAUCAGUCUUAUUCUGGUCAUCCAGACAGAUUCACGGAUAUUCAUCAGGUUCUGAGUAGAGAGAGUCUGACUGGACGUCAUUACUGGGAGGUGGAGAGAAAAGCAGGUGCAGUUGGUGUAGCAGUUGCAUACAAGAAUAUCAUCAGAUCAGGGGAGUGGAAGGAAAGUGGAUUUGGAGGAAAUGACAAAUCUUGGUCACUAUAUUGUUUCUCAGACAGAUAUGUAUUUUGGUCCAACAACAUCAAAACCUCCAUCUCAGGUCGUCAGACCUCCAGAAUAGGAGUUUACCUGGAUCACAGCGCUGGUGUUCUGUCCUUCUACAGCGUCUCUAAAACCAUGACCCUCCUCCACAGAGUCCAGACAACCUUCACUCAGCCGCUCUACGCUGGAGUCGUGGUUGGUGAAACUUUUGGAGCCUCAGUUGAGUUCUGUAGACCCAAAUAGACUUUUUUUCUUCUCUAUGUUCAUAAGUCAGCGUUGAUUGUUGUGAUUUUUCUUCACUGUUCAGAGAUCAACGCCUCAAACUCUGAUUGUAGGAGGAACAUUGCUGUUCUAUUAGUUUCUGUUUUGUUAUUUCAUCUUUUCCAGGCACCACUCUUUUAUUUCUGUUCACUUAUGAAAUAUUGUUAUCAACAGGAAAAUCUAAAUGUCUAUUUGCUGUGCCAAUAUAAGUGUUGUGCCUUAAAUAUAUGUAUUUAUGUUUUAAUCACAUUAUUUUUCUUCAGCCUCAUGAACCUGAACAGAAAAAUCAUCAGAUCUGCAGAUCAAAUGUUGUUGAUGUCUAAAUCUGUGGAGGGAUGUUUAAUGUUUAACAAUCUGAAUAUUUGGUAAAACUUACAUGUAAUAACAAUGUGUAUUCUUCAGUCUUCAUUCCAGGAUUUUAUUCUGAUCUGAGGGAGAAAACCUGAAUCUAACAUUAACGUAAAACUGUGGCAGUUUUCCUCCUGAAACAUCCCAAUGUAAAGAGUUCAUGUUUAGAACAGAUAAUAUGUAUGUAUUUAAAUGUGUCUUUACUGAUUUUACUGCGUUGCUUUACUGCUGUUCUGACUUCACUCAUAAAAGCCUUUAAAUCUUAAUAAUCAUUUUUCAUGUUAAAUAAAGAUGAAAUGAAUU